ACGUAACAUGACUCUAAUGAACUAUUGAAUGUAUAUAUAAAAAACUAUUGAAUGUAUCUAGUUUAGUUUGUUACUAGGUAAUAAUCCGCACACGGAAUAAAAUAUUUUAUAAAAUAUUAUUAAAUAAAUAAGUUUUUCAAAAUUAUUUUCAAAAUAGUAACAAAAAUAAGUAAAAUAUCAUUUAACGAUUUAAUCAAAUUAAAAUUGUAAAAUUUUUAUAUUUCUCACUUAAAUAUAAUGCAUUUUCUAAAAUUUUGAAAAUAAAAUAUUUUAUAUUUUAUAUGGUAUAUAGUUUAAUUUAAACGAUAUUAACUAGAUAUAUACUUCAAUAUGUAUAUAUAGUAAAUGAAACUUCCUACUCAUAUAGUUGUAUGAUCAUUUAUUUUUUGUUAUAACAAAAAGCUUUAAAUCAUUAAUCACAAAAUUUUCAGUGUAAGAUUUUAAUUUUUUUUAAUAAUUUAUAGUUAUUUUAAAAAAUUCAAAAUAUAACAUAUAUUAAAAAUCUAAAUGUUUUUUCAUAUCAUUGAUGUAAUUGUUUAAUUUAUUUUAAUAAUAUAAAGUAAAUAAAAUGAUAUAGGAUAAAAAAAUUGUUAUCAAAUCACUAUUAUUCAAAAUUAUUAAAUGGCAUAUAUUCUAAUUACACCAUAGCUUUUAUUUGAGGAAAGAAUGAAAAUUAUUUUGGUAAAUUACUAAUUAAUUUUAGGCUGUGUAUUAUAUGUUUAGAUAGACUAACUUAUGUAAAAAAAAAAUUAAGAGUCAUUCUAGUAAUGACAUAUGUCAUAUAUCACAAGUUAUAAUGUUUCUCAAUUAAUAUAUAAGAGAUUUUACAAAUCUUCUGGUUUGGUUUGAGGGGGUUGAGAAAUCAUGAUUUUUGAAUGUUUUGUUAAAUAUUUAACCUAAUAUCGAAACAUGAACGCGGUAUUGAAAUUUCGGAAGCUAUAAAUAAUUUCGUAAUAACUUAAUGACACUUUUAAAAUAAUUUUGAAAACAUAUGUUUAUGUAAAUUAUUUCUUGAAAUUUAGAGGUUAUAGAAUAUUUUAUUUAUUUAUCUAUGUCUAUGACCGGCUAUGAAUAUUAUAGAUACUGUAUGUGUGUUAUAAUAUGAUAACAAAUUAGAAGGUGAAAAAAAUUGAGAAAUUAUAAUGAUGUUUAGGAACUGCAGAGUUUAAGGCUUAGACACAUUGCUCAACGGGAAUCUCUUGGUUAGCGAGAGAGGGAGAGAGAGCGAGUUAGGAGAUUACUUUUGUAGUAAUCCAAACACAAGAAUAGCUAGCUUGAAAAAUGAAUGUUUAAUCACUCUUUUUACAUUAGACUAUAUCAUCCAUAAAUAUCUAAAUAUCAUUUCAUCCGGUUCUGUCUAGAAUAAGGAGAGUGAAUAGCAGUUAAUCAAUUCUUACAAUCGGAAAAUUCAUAUUCCCUGUUUUAGUCCUUUCCUCUCACAUCCACCUACCGUUAUGGUUUUACCUUAUUAUAUACGUUGACCAACUUUAGUGUUUGGUAACUAUUUUGUGUUAUCGAUCUCUAAAAACUAUCGCAAAUACAUUCUGAUUUAAGAUCGUAUAAUUAUAAGAUUUAACAGCUUUAAGUUCUCUUUUCGAAGACAUAAUAUACUAGAAAACACUAACAAAUCUGUCUAAUCGCUAUCUUCCACCAAAUGAGUGGCGACUAACAACUUUCAGACCUCUGAUUGCCGGUUGCCACAGCCAUAUAAAUAUUUAGUUUUAAAUAGGAGUAUUAAUUUUAUAAUGCAUGUAUGCAUACUGAACAUGCGGUUAAGAAACGUAAAACGUCCUUCCUUGUUGCUACUUGAAUUAGUAUAUAUGUCAUAUUCAAAAUUGUAACUAACUUCUUCUUCUUUUUUUCUCUAGAAUAUGUCUUUAACUUGGAUGUUUAUGUUAGACUAGUUCCAAAACAUAUAAAAGCUAUAUAGAAUAAAAUAGGCAGUUGACAAUAAAGUAUAUAAAAUAUGUAGAUAUUAUAAACAAGUUUUAUGGAAAAAUUGUAUAAAGUUGUAAUAUUUGAAUCAUUCUCAAAGCUAACGCACCCCUGCCACGACCCACCAACAAAGUUUAGUUAUUCGAUUUCACAUGUGUGAAAACCGGUUUAUCUUGAAUCAUUUGUUUUUGGGUUCUGACCCUCCUUUCUAUGACACCAAUUAGCAUAACAAGGUUUUGGUGAGUGGAGAUUCUAUAAUUCAAUAUUAUAUGUAAUUUAAAUUCACAUGGAGGCUACUGCUAGACACUACAAUCGAACCGGCAAAAUCAUAAAAUAUCAUAGUCAACCAAUUUACUACAAUAUACUAACUAUUAUUUACAAUUUUUAUACUUAGAAUAUUACAAUGCAUUACGUUUCUAAGACUGAUAAAGCUUUAUAUAUUUUGUUUCUUUAAAUAGUUCGGCGAAAUGAAUAAGAGAUGCAAGGAUCUUGACUGAAAACGUGAAUGCAGAAAUCUUAUAAGACUUUGCAGCUUAACAAUCUCGAAUCUAAUUUGUCAGCUUAAACUCAUAUGAAUCGUAUUUACUUAUUAGAGGAACCUUAUAUGUAUUUAUAUAAAUACAUACAAAUAAAUGUAGUUAAUUUAAUAAGUAAAUUGUUUCUGUAAUGACAAACAUGAUGAUGAUUGAGAUCACGACCAGGAUAAUUGUACAGUGCAUUUGAGUUUGAAAACUUAAAAUAAUUAAAAACAGUUGACACACCAUUUUCAACAAGAAGGAGAAAAUUCAUAAAAAUCUGAUGAAACGUCACGAUCAUGUAUUACAUAAUAAAAGAUUUAUUCAGUCGGCACUGGGCACUACAAAAUAACUUAUCUCUUUAUAUCGAUGUUGUCUUGAAUUCUAAAGGGAACUUUUAUUUAUUUAUAUAUUAAUAUUUAUCUGAAGAGAAUCAGAAAUAGAAAUUUAAUUGCAUACUAGAUCAUACUCUUCUACAUAAUUGCAUUAGUUGUUUUCUAUUUUUCUUUAAUUUCAAAUUACAAUAAAAAAACAUUAUGGUUUAGUAAUAAAUAGCAUUAUAGCAUUACUAAUAAACAUGAUUUCUAAAUGAAUAAUAGAUUAAUGAUGUAUUAUUUUCUAAUUAUAUUUUAACACAAGCAUAGCCUAUAUAUAGAUGCUGAAGGAUGCCCUUUUCAUCAGUAUAUAUAAAAUAUGAUUACGCUAUAUUUCAGUAUUUGUAACAUUUAUCCAAUUUUCAAGUGCUGAAGAUUAAUUUUGCUAAUAUGAUCAUUUUAGAACUAUUGUUAGAAAUAAAUGUCAUCAGCUUACUAAAACUAUUUUUAUUUUUUAUAUUAUAAAUUUAUGGAUAUUUUAUUAAAUAAAGUAUUUUUGUUAUUUGAUAACCAAAUUGUUCUACUAUUCUACUGUGUGUUUUAGAUUUGACCCAGACCUGCACCCACAUUGAUAAAUCCAGCGAUCCAAUCAAUAAUUCAGUUUGGGUUUAGUGUAGAGAUUUAAUUAUUAUACAUAUCUUAGAACUUGGAUUUUUUUUUAAAAAAAACUUAAAAUGGUUCAUCUGUUUUAAAAAGUUUGUUGAUUUUCUAAAGUCUGUACAUAAGUUACUAAAUGCACAAAAAGAAAAAAAGUACGUAAGUUAGUUUUAAAAAUAAAGUCAGUACGUAAGUCGCAGACAAAUAUUGGACCAUGAUUUUCCAAGGUCUAAAGAUGGAUUAAAACGUGUUGUAGUAAAGUAGAAAAUAUUUAAUGCGUGAAACCUACAUAUAUAACAUCAUAUCAUUAAUGAUGGCUAGAACUAACAGAUUAUAACUAUUAUGUCAAGUCUGAUGACGAUGUGUGAUGGAAAAUUUGCCAGAGCAAUAAUAGAUUUUAUGGAUAAUCAAAAACGCAACAUGACGAACCAACUCACGAUAAUCAGAAAAUGCAACUCGUUAACAAGUAAGCAUAUGAAUACAUUACUCUUUAAACGUUUGACAAAAGGAAAGAACUUGUAGAAACGGAGGUCGAUCUCUAAAUUUCAUUUGUUAUCAGCCAGUAAACUCAUAUAUUCAUUCGAGAUUAGAUCGUUUUAAACCACUCCAUUCACUCGAAACUUCGUCUAUCACGUUACCCUGUUCUUUCGUUAGUCUUGUACUUAUUCUAACUUAAGCGUCAGAAAAUUAUUAGGAGAACAACCUCCUCAUUAUGUCGUGAUUCUCACCAAUGCUGCAGGUUUGAAUAAUUUGUAGACCAUGUUUAAAAAAUAUUAACGAUAUAUUUAAAUAAGUAACUAUAUAAUUUUAAAAAUAAAUAAUUUAUCUAUUUGGUUAACUUUUAUUUUAAGAUUAUACACUUUAAAUUUAGAAGUAUAAUUAAAAAUUAAAAGUUUAGAAUCUAAUGUAUAUAUAAUUAUUUCAAAAAAAUUAAGAAUUUUUUCUUCUACAAUCAGAAUGUUAUUUAACAGUUUCACUUGCACAUGACAAAAAAUGACCUUGAUUUUCAUUAUUAGUUAAUAUCAUUUGUUUUAAGUCUGAUAACCCUUUUAAAGUUCAAACCUAUUCCAGAAUACUAUAAAAUUAAUACUACAAGUUAGCAUUCAAAUUUACUUUCAAAUAACAUAUAAAUAAUGACUAAAGUAGCAGCAUGAAGAUGUAAAAAUAUUAUCAUUUAUCAUAAAUAUCCUAUCAUCCUUAGAACACACAUCUUAAUUUUGCUCAAUAGUAAACAAAAAAGAAACCCAAGAAUAGAUUACUCAUAGAAGAAAAAACAACCAAAAAUAUGGACUUAAUUUCUGUUAAGAUAAUAGGAUCGUAUUAUUUUGGAGUAAAGGCAUGUAUGGAUUUAUGUUGUUGUCAUGAUUAAUAAAAAAAAAUGUACGGGUCUUUUAAGAGCAAGCAUAUCGAAAUCAAAUUUAGCAUGUGGGUCCUUUUUUCUUUUUUUCACUAAACUUAGUGAAAUAUUUGUCCCAUAUCUCCCCUAUACCCACUACCACACCUCCAAAACAAUUCUUGUAUAAAUAAGGGAGUGAUCGAGAAAUGUAGACAAAUGCCCAUUAAACUCUGCCUCUCACUUUCCUUCAUUAACUCAUUCCCCAAAACAACACAUUUUUAUCAAAUUCUCAAACUUUUUUCUUUAACAUCAUUCCUUUUUACCACCCAAAACCUCCAAUUCUAAAAACAAACAAUGGUUAAUUUGUUAUUGGUGUCUUUGGUAUAAAGCUCUUCUUACAAGAAAGAUCACCAAUGAUAGGUUUAGAGAGUACGUCCAAGAACUCUUCGACUAACUCAGUUAGUCAAGAGAACACGAGAGAGACCAAACCGGUUAGAGAUUCUGGUAAGCAUCCGGUUUACAGGGGUGUCCGAAAGAGGAGCUGGGGAAAAUGGGUGUCGGAGAUAAGAGAGCCGAGGAAGAAAUCUCGUAUAUGGCUCGGAACGUUUCCUUCACCGGAGAUGGCGGCGCGUGCACACGACGUAGCUGCUUUGAGCAUCAAAGGAACCUCCGCGACACUUAACUUUCCUGACCUCGUGGGCUCUUUCCCACGGCCAAGCUCUCUCAGCCCUCGAGACAUCCAAGCCGCAGCUCUCAAAGCUGCACACAUGGAGAUCAUUAUGACGACCUCACAGUCUUCUUCUUCUUCGUCUUUAACGUCUUCUUCUUCGCUAGAGUCUCUUGUGUCUUCCUCUGCGACUGGCUCGGAGGAGCUAGAGGAGAUUGUUGAGCUGCCGAGUUUAGGGUCUAGCUAUGAUGGUACGACUCAGCUAAGUAAAGAGUUCAUUUUCUUUGACUCGGCAGACUUUUGGGUUUAUCCACCACAUCAGUUGUCAGAAGUUGAUUAUGAGAUGAUUCCUGGGUCAUUAUCACAGGAUUGGGAUCUUCCAGGACUGUUUAAUUAUUGAGUUAUAAUCAUAUAAAACAUACUCUAUAUAUGGGUACUAGUUAUGAUGUUUUAACUAUGUUUUAGUGAACCCUUUAUUUUGUGGUGGGUUUGAGUUAGGGUUAUCUGUCUCUGGUCAUCUUUUCUCAAUGUGUGUUCGUGUGUGUGUGUGAGUGAGCUCCAUAUAUCAAUACUUGUACAUAAUUCUCGUUUUUUUUCUUAAGUCAGUGUUGAAAUUUCUGAAAAUAAAUAAUAUUGGACUAGUAGCCAAUAUAAGGCCACGUACCAUAUGUUGAAUGAUGUUGAAU